AUGGGUCCGCCCGUUUAUUUUAAGCCCGUUAGGCCCGCGGGCUCCGAGCCCAUUUUAACAUCCCUACCUUCUAGUUGUGAAGAGAUAAGAGAAGGGGAGGCACACGGGUUUGUGAUAGAUGCUCCUUCUUUGGAGUACUUGAAAAUUGUUGAUCACUGGAAAGGGUGUUGUGUCAUUGAGAAUAAUAUGAAUAAGAUAGUGAAGGCAAGUGUUGUCAUAAUGCGCCCCAAUCCUGAGCAGCUUAUGUGUUCUCUAACUUCAGCCAAGCGUCUUGUUCUCUGCCUCGAAACCUCAAUGACUUUGUGUCAUGUUGGAAGUGUUUUCCACUAUCUUAAACAUUUACAGAUGUGUAUAUGUGAGACAGAAUGGUUGAAUCUACUUAUGCCUAUGCUCAAUAACUCCCCUAAUCUACGAUACCUCAAACUUUAUUUGCGGUGCAUUAAAAGUGAACUGCGCCCCAUCUGGAGGGAACCGAGCUCGGUUCCUGGAUGUCUGUUAACGAGUCUUGAAACUCUUGAAUGGGAAAAAUAUGAAGGAAAGGAGGAAGAGAAAGAGGUGGUAGCAUUCCUCUUAAAGAACGGAUUAUGUUUAAAUAAAGUAAUUAUUAAACCUAUAUCCACAAGCCGCAAGAAGAAAAAAAUGCUCAAGGAGUUAGCUUUCUUGCCCAGGAGUUCGCCUACAUGUCGGAUCGUGUACGGCUGA